CAGUUAUUCUGUAUUCAGUCGGUCGAAUACAGCCAGGUAGGCAACUACGCGUGACGAUAUCGAGACGCGCGCCGUGUGUCGUAUUCGUACGAUCGUGAAAAAUUCAAAAAAACUUUCGAAAAAAAAGCGUUGUUGGUGGCUGUUGUUUUUGACGCAAAAAGUCAGUAGGUAAAAUCGCACCGGCCAUGUGUCUCAAAGUUUAUAAUUAUAUGGCCAUUUUGUUGGUGGUGUGUUUGAGUGUUGUGAUUGCGAAAAAUGUGGAUAAUUUACGAGCUAAAAGAACUGCGGACGAGGGUAGUUGCAAACACGUUGGACAGUUCUUUAGUUUGAAGAAUAUUACUGUCUCGGACGUGUCUUCAAAAGGUGCCAUAUGCGGUGGACAAUGUUGCGACGAAAAGACGGAGACCUUAUUAAGGAAGCAGGGCCAAAGGGACUUCGCAGCCCUUCUCCGUCACAACUCCAGGUCGCUUCAGGGAUUGCUCACUUCCACGGCGACAACUUUGCAAAAUCACGUCUCUGAGCUGGCUCGGCAGUCGGAAAACAAAACCCUACUCCUGUUUUUACAGGUCUACAGAAAAUUGGCGAGUGUAUCGCGCGUUCCAAUCGAAACCCUCUACACAGAUAUUAGAAAUUAUAUCUGGAUUAACACGACUGAUGCCAAACCGACAGUCAGUCCCGAAGAAAUUGUUCAUAGCGUGAACGUGUUCUUCGAAGAAUUGUUUCCGUUGGCGUAUCGUCACUCCGCUGACAUAUCCGAUAAAGACUUGACACCGAAUUAUAAAGACUGUCUUAAAAAGUCAAUUGAGAACAUAUCACCCUUCGGAGACAUCCCCAAACAACUCGGAUUGUCUUUGUCGAAAAGCCUAGAAGCAACUAGGUUGCUUUUGCAGGCUUUCAGGAUAGGCUCCGAAGUCUUAAACACAACUGACACGUUGCUCAUAGAUGAACACAGCAGUGACAAUUCGGAAUGUCAUGAUGCUUUACUCAAAAUGACGUACUGUCCCAAAUGUUUGGGUCUUUGGAAACACACCAAACCGUGUAGUGGGUAUUGCCUCAACGUGUUAAGAGGUUGCAUUACGAAAUAUGUGGCUGAGCUGGAUUUGCCUUGGAACGGGUUCGUGGAAGGAAUCGAAAGUUUAGUUAACGCUAUGAAAAGGAGUAGUAAUGACGCUGAUGCUAACAUAGAUGCUGUUAUUCGGAAUCUGGAUUAUAAAAUAUCGACAGCUAUCAUGAGGUAUAUGGAGAAGGUCAAGGAUAUUGAUGUUAGGGUCAGGCAAAUUUGCGGUUCCGCCGAAUUCUCUCAAAAAGAAAAUCCUCUUCUGGGCGAGAGCAGCACCCCGUACCCCCCAGCAGCCAGCGGCAAACCCCGAAGCACCAAUCCCAGGAACUUUUCGCCUUUACCCGAAAACGAACUGUCGCAUUUUCUGUCUGCUAUCGCGAAAACGAAAGGAUUCUACGCGAAUCUCGCGAACACCCUCUGCCAGGACGAGUCCUUCGCCGAACGAAAGGAUCAGCAAUGUUGGAACGGUGAAAGAAUUGCAGAAUACACGAAGACAGUCGUCGAUGUAGGCUUCGACAUGCAGAAAUAUAAUCCCGAAGUAAAACCCAACACGAACAUACAGAGUAUCGAUCCUAGAGUAGCCAAUUUAGUAGACAAAUUGCGGCGAGUACAUCAUAUCGCCAGUACUUCUGUAGGACCAAACUAUUCAGAAGAUAUGCAAAGUGACGGGGCUGAGGGUUCAGGAUCAGGGGCUGGCCCCGAUAUCGAUGAUGACGACUUAAUGAGAGGAUCUGGAUCUGGCGACGGACCCACAGACCAAGAUGAUUCUGUAGAGCCACGUGUGAACCCCAACAACAACCAACCAACCCAGGGAUCCAAAACACCAACUAGUCACGACCAAACCCCCACGGUCCACCUUGUAGGAUACAGCAAUAGAAUCACUCCUACGCCCACAGUGAUCUUAGUAAUUGUUGCUGUCAUUUCAUGGAAAUGCAGACUUUUUAUGUAAAAAAUGAAUAUUUAAAAAAAGAAAUUAUAAAUAGACUCUAAAAGUGUGUGAAAGAGAGGGAUGUAAUUGAAAUGGGUAUAGUCGAAGAAAAGAAGAGAGUAGAAAAGGUCUAUUUGGUGUUGUUGAAGAUUUAAGAAAAGGAAUAUUUAUGCCGGUCUUUUUAGAAAAUGGUGCCAUUUUAAUUUUUGGGAAAGAGACUAAUAUUAGUAUACGGUUUUUGGCUGUCGGAGAUUUUGAAAAAUUUCGAAAAGGAAUUAGGUCCAGAGUAACAUUAAAAUUGUAUAUUAUGUGCUUGAAAUGACGUUUAUUUUGAAAAGGUGACAUUUAGCUCAAAUAUAAGUAUCUCAAAUUUAAUUCAAACAAAAAAGAAGAAAAAUUAAAGUAUGCAAUACAAAUACGCAAUACGCAAAUUUAGGUUGUAACUAAAAACAUAAUUCUGUAAAUAUACUAUACUAAGGGCCGGUUGUUCGAACGCUAAUCAACAAUGAUCAUUAUUAAAUAUUUAAUUACUGUCACCAAAACUGUCAAUGUCAACUUUGUUUGGGUUGCUGAAAACAUAAUUAAUUACAAUUAUGAGAUUUAUUAUUAAUUAUGUUAAUAAUUAUUGUUAUAUUAAUUGAUUAUAGUCUCAGAAUUGUAAUUAAUUAUGUUUUAACAAUUGACAUUGACAGUAAUUAAUUAUUUGAUAAUGAUCAUUGUUGAUUAGCGUUCGAACAACCGGCCCUAAAUAGUUUAGAUUAAAAUUGAUUAGCCUUAUUUUAAUAUUGAUCGAAUGAGGAUUUUGUUCAUCGGUGCAUCAUUUGGCAUCCCAUAAUUUGUACUUGUAACUUGUACUUGUAACUUGUACUUGUAACUUGUACUUGUAACUUGUACUUGUAACUUGUACUUGUAACUUGUACUUGUAACUUGUACUUGUAACUUGUACUUGUAACUUGUACUUGUAACUUGUACUUGUAACUUGUACUUGUAACUUGUACUUGUAACUUGUACUUGUAACUUGUACUUGUAACUUGUACUUGUAACUUGUACUUGUAACUUGUACUUGUAACUUGUACUUGUAACUUGUACUUGUAACUUGUACUUGUACGUAACUAUCUAACUAUGUACAUAUUUUAAUUCUAAUCCUUUCAAAUCUUACUCAUAUACUUUAUAUUCUGCUUCAACUGUUUAUGUGGAAAAUUAUAUUAUUCCACCACAACCCCCAGUGAGCCACAAUAGACCUCUUAGGUCGAGUUAAGUGGUUAAACUCCCAGUCAUAUUGGACCUAACCAAACCUAACCACAACCCCAGUGUCAAACUACUUAAUUAUUACUUGUUUACUAUAUUUUUUAGUUCCUUAUUUAUUUGGUUUGUAUUCUCAAUUACUUGCCAACUGAAUAUGUUUCCAGUGAGUUUUCUUACUUAAACAUUGCUCAAUCUAAACUCAUGUUGAUCGUGAAAAGAGAUAACAAAAAGCUCCUAUGUUAUGAAAAUUGUUGAUGUUCUGACCAUAGACAUACAGACUGUUUAGAUUUAAAUUAGAUAUACAUUCUCUAAAUGGCAACACUGCGCCACAGAAAUAAACAUUAGCAAGCUGUAUUAGUUGCCGAUGGCACAGUAUCAAUUUCAGCAGCAAAAUAGAGAUGACUAUUUCGUUUAGUUUUUGAAUAUUUUUAGACAAUAUUUUCUUGCAUAAUCACUUAAAUUAUUCAUUAAUUUAAUUAAUAGGAUUAUUUUUUCACUAACUAUUUAUUCAGUGAUUACAAUAAUAAUUUAUAUACUAGACAAUAAAAACUAAUAAUCGAGAAAAGAAAAAAAUUGAUAAAGUGAUUUUAUCAAUCUACUGUUACUAUCGGAACGAGUAGAUAAAUGGUGAACAUUUUUAACAAAUUAUAAUACAGUUAUAGUAUACAGCAAUGUUGUCGAUUUUAGCGUUUCCUUCAGACUCUUAUAUUUAAUCAAAAAGUAAACGGUCUGUAUAAUACCUAGACUGCGUGCUGCAAUUUAAAACUGUGCGAACAGUGGGAGUGGGAAAGUCACGUAGUCGAUAAAUCCAACCUCAUUGGAUAAACUCCGUCGAUUAGAGAGAGAACCCUAUCCUAGUUACACCUAGAGAAGUCGCACUGGCCACACAGUUUUAACUUGCAGCGCGCAGUCUUGAUAGUAUGUCUAUGGUUCUGACGCGCUAAAACAUUUUAGAGGUUAUGUAUGUACUCUAAUAAACAUUAGCUCUAUACAAGUAUUAUUACGCGCUCUAUACCAGUAUUAUUAAUUAUAUUUGAUGUUAAAUGCCACUUUUAAUUUUCGUUUUAUUUAUAGCUAACUGUUUAAGAUGACCAAUUAAAGAAUGUUACUAUCGACUUAUUGUAGUAAAGGAUUUAUGGAGAUAAUAAUAUAACUGUAAUGGUAAAAAUAGCGAUAAUAAUAAGAUGGGGUAUGUACAGAAUCAGAUGUGCAUGUAAAUUAAGGUGGAGACUAAAUUCUUUUUGAAAUCCUCCACAGCUGGGUUCUAUACGUAAAUAUAAAGAAUUAUUUUGUUUUUUUUUUGCUAUUUUUGAUUAUUUUUCAUUUAGUUCACUAUUAUACAAUUUGAUUUUGUAUAAAGGGCUCAGCACAGAUCUUAUGAAAAAUGUAAUGUCACUCAAAUCCAAUAAAAUUUACAUAAAUAGAUUCGUCCCGAAAUUGCAAUCAUUUCGUAUAAUUGCGCCAACUCUGAAUUUUGAAUAAUAACGGCGUAAAUUGAUAUAAAUAAAUUUAAAAUCAAAUGGGUAUGUACGUGAGCUAUAGACGGAAAGAGAUCUUGUGAAUCGGCAGUUUAUAAAUCUUUCUAUGGGUAUUAAGGGAGAGGCUUACUCUUAUCUUAUAGAUAAUAAAGUAGGUAUAAUUUGGUCAGUCACACCAAAGUAUGUAGUUCCUCUAAUCGGCUUAGCUCACGAUGGGUUAAUCUGCUUGCAAUAGGGCCUAUACUACUAGUAUUUAUGAAUUACAGUUUUAUGGACUUCAAAAAUGUUGGCACAAUGAUAUAAAAUGAUUAUAAUUUCGAGACGAAUCUAUUCAUGCAAAUUUUAUUGGCUUUGAAUGACAUUACAUUUUCCAUAAGAUAUGUGCGGUAUCCUUUGUAUAAUUGGGGGAUUUAAAAAAGUUUUUUCAAGUCGAGCCACCCUAAUACCAAUAAUUCUUGCUUAAUUUUUUUGUAAACAUUUUUCUAAAUCAUAGUUUUAGUAACGAACGUUGCCAAUUACAAUAAGUGUACAUUUGAAUUACUUGGAUAUUAUCUUUUUAUCGUUUCCUGUUCGAAAUAUUUUUCACAGCUACUUAUAUUUAGGGUUAAAAACUGUUCAAUACGCUUAUCCAUUAUUCCGAAUGUUUUGUUGUAGAAAACUGUAAUAAAGGGAAUAUGCCACCUGAAUUAAACUAAUAGAAGAAUUCACGUUUAUUUACAUGGUUAGUAUAAUUAUUGUUUAAUCAACGCAAUUUUGCGCUUAAAUUGCAAUUGGUUAAUGACAAAUUGUUUUAAGGACAAACAAAAUAUUCGACUGUUGCAUACCAUAAUAUAUGUACAGUGCUAGUCAAAAGUCCGUACCCCCCCUCGUAUCUUUUGAACGGUUCUACCUAUAAUAGUGAAAUUUGGAGUGAGAAAAUAAACGGAUGUAAGCUUCUUAACUAGUCAUGACAGGUGACGUAAUAGUGACAGAUGAUGUUACAGAGCCACUGUGACAGAUAAUUUUAAAUGGGACCUUAUGACAAGUGAUACCUCGUUUGAAAGGUAUUCAAAAUACCUAUUAAGUCAUACUAAUUUUUUUGGGUUUUAGUGAUUUUGAUUUUGAUGAAUAAAUUAAAUAAAUAUAAUAUUCAAAAUAUAAUAUAAAUAUAAAUUCAUAAAUAUAAUAAAAAUUCAAAUAUCCGCCUGUGGUUUUUCUGUCAAAAAAGUUGACGUUUUUCAAUUCUCUAGUAGUUUUUGCGUCAACUUCAACCUUUUUGACAAGUAAUCAUAUGCGGAAUUUUGAAUUUUUAUUAAUUAAAUGCGAAAAUACAAUUUUAUAUUUAUUUCAUUUAUUCAUCAAAAUUAGCUUAAACUCAAACAAAAUUAGUAUGACUGAAUAGGUAUUUUCAAUACCUUUCAAACGAGGUAUUACUUGCCAUAAGGUCCCAUUUAAAAUUAUCUGUCACAGUGGCGCUGUAAAGUCAUCUGUCAUAAUUACGUCACCUGUCAUGACUAGUUAAGAAGCUUACGUCCGUUUAUUUCCUCCCUCCAAAUUUCACUAUCAUAGGUAUAAUCGUUCAAAAGAUACGAGGAGGGGGGGUACGGACUAGCACUGUAUACAGUUCUGUGUACAUAUGUAUGUAUUUAUAGUCUCUUUUGUAGUAUAUUUUGCAGAUAGGUAGCUUACUUUAGUCAACCACGUUUAAGGAAAAGUAGAUUUUUCAAAAGUCUAUUCGUUAAAAUACAUGUUGCCACAUGGCAACAAGAGCAUGUGAAGGAGUCGAGGUCACAUUUACAUUAACUGCAAUAAAGCAUUCAAUAUUCAAUGUUCAGCCGAAAUCCACGAGAGAUUGUCAUUGUGACAACAUCGCGAAUAAGUGUCUUAACAUUUUCUUGUCAUUACAUUUUUUGCAACCAGAGGGCAAUUAUUCUGUUCCAGUCGCCUCAUAAUCUAGUAAUCUUAAUUCAGUAGGUAAAUACUUGUGAAAGCAGAAGUAAUCAUGUAGUUUUUUUCUCAUGUGGGACUGGAACAUUGUAAUGAAAGCUACUGUGGUCUUAUAGAAGCAUCUUGAUAUUGAGUUGUGAUUCUGGAUUUAGUUGCCUAAUAUAACAAGAAACUAACUAAUAACUUCUUUUGAUUGAAGUAUUUGGCCAAAGAGUUGUCAUAGUUUUGAUGUUCUUCUGGAAAAUUCUUCUAGAUAUUAUAAAAGAUUUGGUCUUGGUUUGUUUAGCCAUACGCAACACGUAAUUUGGCCUUUUUCAACGCAAUUCAUAUAGCCAGCAUAUUAGUUUCUUCGCUUGGAAUAGUGUACUAUCUUCUCCAGUUUUAUUAUAGUACUAAUUUUUGCCAAGAGUCCCAUUUAAAGUAAAUAAGUUAAGGGUAUUUCCGGUGAAACCGGAAGUGGAGUAGUAACAAAAGAUAUGGCAUCAGAUGCCUUUUGCUCACUGUACUUGUAUGCAAAGUUUCAGCAAUAUUGUUCUUUUCGUUUCAAAGAUAUUUGCUUCGUUCCAUACUUUAUCCCAACUCUGUAUAUGUACCAUAUAUUAUGUAUAUGUAUAUGUUCCGCGGCUUCCGCGGAACCAGGGCUCGGGCCCUGCGGGGGCCCGCUAUACGCGCUUUUUGCUUCUUUUGUUUCUAAUUUGUUUGGGACAUGUUGAACUACACAAGUAAACACUACGAAAUUGCUUAAUAAAUUUUAAUUUUUGCGUAGGUAUUUAUAAAUAAAAACAAAAAAUAUCUAUUUAUCAAAAAAUUUAAAAACCUUAAAAUAAAAAAGAAAUACAGAGAUUACGAUUGUAAGGUUCCUUCGUUUUACCUGCUAAACAAAGCCCGUGUCUCAACACUUGUUUAGAAUAACCGCCGGUGCCUGCCUAAAUACGUGCUAACACAAACACUUUUGUAUUUUUUAUAUUAGCACGAUCUAUCAGUAAGAGUUGUAAACUGCAAAGUUACAGUAAUUCGGGAACAUAUAUUCAAUGCAAGUUUUAUACGCUGGGUCAUAAAAUAAUCCCAAAACGUUAGAUGUUCCUUUUGUUCGUAUUUAUGGCACCGUCAUAACACUGGAUAACUAUAGACAAUUAUAGUGGUAAGGAUAAUAACGGUAGGAUUAACAUUAAUUUACUGCUUUAAUAGUCCAUUCACUCUGGUAAAAUAUUGAAAAACCUUCAAACCUGUCUCCUGACAGAAUAAUCAUCAAUUUUUGUCGGUCCGUUUUAUGUCAUUAGACCAUCUUGUUGGCGGACGACCUCUACUUCGGUAUGCUUCUUGUCUUGGUCUCCAGUGUAUUAUUCGCUGUGUUCAUCUUUUAUCCGACAUUCUAGCUAUGUCCAGCCCAGUUCCAUUUUAGGGUCAUAAUUCUUUCUAUGGCAUCUGUCACUCCUGUUCUUCGUCUUAUUUCCUUGUUAGUAAUUCGAUCCUUACGAGAGAUGCCUAACCUUGAGGCUUCCAUGGCUCUUUUGCUAGUGAAAUGAUCUAUCACUAGCAUUUGAAUUUAAAACAUUUGAAUUAGUUUUGAAAUAUUUCUGGUACUUCUGUUUCUAGCAGACUCAAUGUGCAGUAACACAGACUGUUGUGACCAAUGUUACGAAUUAUGCCUGGUAUAUCACGAGCUAAUUAUUAUAAAUUAUAAUCUCUAUUAAGACUCUCUUCGCCAGCCCUGGUGAGAAAAAUGAUUAUAAUUCAUGCAACUACAUAAUUCAUAGAUGCAACUACGUAAUUUAUAACUGGUACUAAACAAUUAACAACAUUGUAUAGAUUUAAAAUGACUAUGGUUGGACUUACCGGCAAAUUCACCGUGGCUUUGAUAAGUUUCUACAAACGAAUAAUUAACUAACUUUUAUGUGUGUCUUCUAUUCAACAUUCAUCUAACAUCUUCAACAAUCAAGAGUAAACCUUGCGAGUUUUUUUUACUACUAUUAUCGAUUUACAGCGUUCUCCGACGCCUUCCGACUCCUAACCACCAUUCUUCUCUGUUUAACCGUAGACCUGGAGGGAUUUAUCUUUCCUCUGGUUCUUUUUCAAUUCCCUCCUGCGGCUUCUUCUCGGCCUUCCUCUUUUCGUUCUCCCUUGCGGUGUUCACGUCAAAAUAUGUUUAGAGAUCCUGUCAUCUGGCAUUAUCUGUACAUGGCUGUACCAUAUUAGUUGUUUUGUUUUUAUGUCAUGAUGUCAUCAAUUAUUGUAUGAGUGACUCCCAUCAGUUCUCGUAUUUCUCAUUUGCUAUCGGAUCUCUUUUUGAUUUGCUUGCUGCUCUUCUCCAGAAGAAGUUUUUUUUGAUUUUGUGAAAAAUUUUGACGUUAUGGGAUCAAACCAAAUUCACAUUCUGAAUCAACACCAAAAAUCAUGUCGGCCUGUGCUAUGAAAAUACCUAUUAUUUUGUGAAAAAUAUGAAAGAGUAUUUAAUUAGUAACAGCAAACAUAUGUGAUAACUUCAGACUUCAGGUAGUAAAUUGCAGUGGAAGACAAAAUUUGAUUUUAAGAAUCGAAAGGCAUUUAUUUCGACCUAAACAUAAAAAAGGAUAGGUAAUUACUUAAUCUAAGUAUAGGGCUUUCGUAAACCUCAGCAGGUUAGUGUGACGAUAUUCGAUAUAUGAAUAAUAAACUGACGACCGAGGGAAUCAAUUAUUAAUCGUAAUUAUUUUUCAACGCGAAAUAAAUGUAUAAGGAGGAAGUCUCUGACUCACCGCUUCAGAUGGUAGGAUAAUGGUAACUACGUUCAACACACAUAGUCGUUGGAUAGGAUAGGAAUUUAUCGAUUUCGCUCAACUCACCAAAUCGAUGGACUUCGGAAGGCUUCGAAGCACGUUCAGGUCACCUUAAUCCGAUGAUUAGUUAUCCUUCGUUCAACGCACAGAGAAUCCUCUACUAUGGAUUUCGCCACACAUAUUGAUUUAGCUUAGUUAUUUUUAUCUUCGAAACACUAAUCAUGAGUUUUUAAUUAAGCGUGGCAUAUUCCUUUAUUUACUUAAAAUUAAAAGUGUCCCUUUUUUGUAGCUUGGGUAAACUUUCUUUAUUUUGUAUCCCUUCUAAUUUUAUAUUGUAAGUUAAAAAUGUAUGCGAGUAUGGAUGCGUGCUGUAGAUAGACUUUUAGAUGAUAUACUAAUGUAACCUUUAAAUUAUUUUGAGAAUUGUCUGUGAUUGAUCUAUUUUAUUAUUUAAUUAUUGUAAAAUUUAGGUAUCCAAAUUUUUUAUUCCGUUUGAUACGUCUUAUAAGUUAAACGAAUCCAAAGGCAGGUUCAGAAAUCUAUCGUGAAGUUACUUUUAAUUGUGAGUCGGUUUUGAACCACUUUUUACAUAUAAGUAAAGUUGUAUUCAUAAAUGAUUUAUUAAUAAAUCGAGAGAAAAUAUAAUUUAAUUUAAAUAUCAUUUAUAUGAAAAAAAUACAUAUUAGCCAUAUAAAAUAGACAGUAAUUAGUUUCUGAUGUCUACAAGAAACAUGGUACAAUUGCUAAACAUAUAAUAAUAUGUUGUAAUAAUUUAUUUUUUUCAGUAUAAAGCCGAGAUCCAACGGAAUGUGGAGCGGCGCUCUUCAUCGGUUUACAGUUGGCGAAAUAGAAAAGUAAAAAAAGUAUUAAAUAGUAAAUAGAAAAUGUAAUAGAAAAAGACAAAAUCUAAAGACGGAAACUAAAGCAAUAUGGAAUACCGUUCUUUCCCUGAAUAUUUCUGGUUUACGAUCCGUUUGCUAGGACAGAACACUCGAUUUAGGAUCGGCGCGGGCAUCCCAUCAUUUUUCGGUAAAUCACCACGAUUCUAAGGUAAGUCGGAAGGUGAUGCAGAGAAGGUAAUUACUCUUUAACGUGCAUUUGGCGGCAAAAUCACGUCAACUCGCUCAGUGGAUUUACAUAUCACAUGGAAGAUGAAAGAAACAUCAAAAUAAGCUUCCUUAAUAAAACUGAAGCUUAACAAAAAAGAAGCGUAAUGAAUGGAUGUAUCUUCUUCUUCAGGUGUCAUCUCCGCUACGGAGGUUGGCAAUCAUCAUAGCUAUUUUAAUUUUUGAGGCAGUAGCUCUAAAUAGUUGUUUUGAGCUGCAUCCAAACCAUUCUCUCAGGUUCUUCAACCAUGAAAUUCGUCUUCUUCCGAUGCUUCUUCUGCCAUCUAUCUUUCCCUGCAUUAUAAGUCGUAGGAUGCCAUACUACUCGCUGCAAUGCAAUGGAUGUAUAGCAAUUGUAAAAAAGCGAAACACGGAAGAUGAAUUUGCUACCUUAUAUAUUGGUUUAAUAGAUCACCAAGACAAAUGUUAUCCAUAUUUUAGAAUGGGCUACAAAAAGUAUUAAGAACUCUUAUUUAUUGUAAAUACUGAUCUCACAAAACAAAAUACAACACUUAGUAACUUUAUUCCGUCGAAAGUAGGUACUAUCCGCGAAAAUAUUCCAUUUAGAGAUUUCGGCACGUUUCGAUGUGAAUCAUUGUGUUCCGUUCCCGUAAAGUGUGCGCUGAUCAAUUUGAAUUCACAAAGAUAUUAAAUUGCUGAUCGUCGUAGUACGUUCCGUUGCGCUACGGUCCGGUCUGGACAAGUGUGCGCUUACCUUAAGCCGCAAUUAAUAAGAAUUUUUAAAGCUCUUUUUCUCUUUUUUAACGCAUGUAAUCAAUUUUCGGAUUUAAUAACUGUAAUCAAUAAAAAUAAUUGAUAUUAUUUUAGUAAUGUACAUGUUUUUGUAACAUUAUUGUUAUUGCAUCAAUGGCUAUACUGUAAGAGACAGGUAUUUUAAAAUUAUUUGAGCUUUUAGAACCAACAUCUUGCCUGUUUUAAGCCACACAAAAGUUUGUUAUAGGUAAAAAUUAGAUUACUCCAAGACUGUCCCACUCUACCGCUCUCACACUUAAUAAAAUUAUGAGAAGAACUAGAAAAAAAUUCGUUUAACCUAUACUGACUUCACCGACAAGGUUUCAUAAAAAAAUUCAACAGUAUAUGGUCUUCAUUUUAAGAUAUAUACGUGUUAAACUAUUGUACUAAAAUGUUUACUAAUAUUUAACGAUGUUAUUAAUGGCCAGUUGUAAGCAGAACAAUCUUUUCUAAAUAACAAAAAAUUUUCAUUAUUAUUUUUAACAAAGUGGAUGUUGAAACCUGACAAACUUAUUUAUGGCGCCUGAUGAUUGGCCAAUGAAGUAGUUCUAUAUUUCGUAAAGCACAAUAAUUGGGACAUUUCAUCAAUAACUACAAAAUUGGCCCAACCAUCAGCGAAAUUAAACUAGGAUGAUCCAUAAACAAUAUUUAGUCCGAAAGGAACUCAUCUGAGUAUGGUAUAUUCUAAAAUGAUAAACAUUUUUGUCCCAUCUGACCAAUAAAGAGCAUUCUUUAACCUAUUCAUUCUUUCAUUAUAAGAUUUUAUUUUAUUAUAAGAAUGAAAUUUUUUUGUGGGUGUAUAUAUUACCAUGAGUUUAUAUCUUAUUGUUUGUAUUUCUUUUUGUUGUUUUUUUCUAGGAAUAUUUUAUAUUUUGCAGUAAAUGAAGUAGGUAUUUCGAUCCGUUAUUAUUUUCUGGUUCUUCUUCACUAGCAUUUUUAAAUAACACCUUGUGGUUAUUGCAGAUUGCCUUAUUUAUUACUUUACAGCUUUUCGAGAAUAUGUUUUUCAAUGUCACCUAGAUGUUCCAUUACGUGCUGUACACAUACCCCCCACAUACUUCAGGCCCAAUUGAUUGUCCUAAUGUAUGCCUUCGAUUUAGUGUUUUUGGUAACUUUUAUCGGCUUUCGACACGUUACACAGCCCCUUCCACGAUGUAAACCUAAUCCAUCAGUGCUUGGCAUCGAAUCCUAAUCAACACAAAAAUACAAUACACGUUACUGAACUUUAGCGUGAGAACAACAUCAUUUGCCUUGGCUAAGAGUAUAAGAAUGUACUCAAUAAUUUAAACAAUCUGUUAACCAUAUUCUAUGAUUGUAAGUGUCGGUCCGUACCGAGAUAAGUGGGCUCCAUACUAGGAUGAAAGGGGCCUCCGUUUCAAUUGAGACAAAAAGGUCUUCCAAACCAGGAUGAAAAAGUUUCUGCAAACUAGAUUACGAAGGAUCCAUAAUAGGGUUGAAUGAACUAGGAGGAAAGUGGCCUCCAUCCUACGAUAAACUAGGAUGAAAGUGGUCUUCUUCCUAGGAUGAACUAGCACCCUAAUUAGGUGGCAACAUGCAAAAAUAAAAUAUGCGAAAAAACAAAAGGUACAAAAAAUAUCUUACCCUAAAAUGGGUUUGGAACAGACCUUGAUUAUGAAUCAAAAAAUAAAACGAAUUGAAAAGGUUAGAGAAUAGGCUGUUUUUAUACACACAAAAGAUUGACGGCGAAUAUUCAGAAUUCUUGGAUGGCGCUUAACAGUAUCUUUAAAAGGGAUUAUUUGGAAUAUUCCCUAACAAAUACUGUAACGAGGUUUUUGACGCCAUUAUGACAAUAUAUUUAAAGGAAUUAUUUAGAAUAUUUGUAAACAAAUCGUAAUGGAAUUUUAUAAUAAUAUUAAAAAAGUAACUUUUAAACGGAUUAUGCAGGUAGUUGAAUGGCCCUGGGUGCUCGAAAUAUAACAGAAAUUUUAUUAACAUGCCAUAAAAUGGCUUCUUGAGAAGUACUUACAGAAAAAAACUAUAUAUGUACUGAGCGUUAUACAAAAUUUAGUAACAUGAAUGAAAUGUAGAGAAAAUGUAACAUAUCGGCUUUUUAACAUUGCUUUUUUUUUCAAAGAUAGAUAGUAAAUAGACAUCUAAUAAGAAUAUACUCUUUUGGAUCCUAUGUAUCCUUGGACAUAAAUAUUAUUUACGGUUCAUCUUAAAAAUAAAAUGACCAACGGAAAUCUUGCUGCUGAAUCCAAUACAGCUUCAAAUUAAACAAGCAGCUAAACGGCAGCUGUUAAUAAUAAAACAACAAAAGUCAACAAAUUGUGAUUUAAAGUCAGCAGCAAUUAUUUGUUGGUUCUAAUAAGAUAUUGUGCACAUUUUGUGAAACCUUUUUUCUAAUAUAUUCACGUCUACGGUAUUGUCGUAUUCUCAAUAACAUUUUUUGAAAAUAAAGACAAAGAUGUGAAGACCCUGCUAGUGUACAGUAAAAACCAUAUAGAAAAUAGGUAAAUGAAUUGUUCAGAAGUAACAAUUCGAGAUCAUAAGGUGUUACAAUAUUUAUUGAUCAAUCCCUAUAAGUGGAGUUUAAAAUUGUUAAAUUGUUUUAAGUCAAUUCUCAAAAUUUCGAAGAACAAAAUCAUGAGUUUAGAAGUGAAAUGUUCAAAAACUUUUGGCAAAUUUUGUCUUUAAUGUAAGUUUUAAAGACAAAUGCUGGAGUGAAAAAAGGAAACUUUGUAAACAGGCUAUUCAAUAACUGAUAUUUUUGUGCCUAGUCCCACACUGCUUAAUGGCGUGCUUAAUUCUUACAAUAAAAAUUGUGUAGAAAUUUGGGAUUGUUUAAAUUUGAAUAUGGUUUCCAAUUAUUUUUAGACUAUGAAGAGAAUUUAGUAUUUUAUCACAUAUUUAAGACAAACUUGGAAUCCUUUCCUUAAUAGUCUUCAUUGAAAGAUCACAAGUGAAAGUAAUUAUGUACCAAAGUUCAUUUGUAAUUAUGGAAUGAACUUGUGAUUAGAAUAUCUCCAUGAUCUGCGAGAAAUAAACACGCUGUAAGAAUAAAAUAAAGAUGGAAGUCUAAAGGAAGAAAAACCAGAAUAAGUGUCCGUAGAGGAUCCAUGGAUAAUGUAGAGAAGGAUCUAAAAGACAUUAAUAUCAGACAAUGGACAAUCAUAAAUCAUUUAAGUCGUUGAUAAGUUUGUUUGAGUAUUUUUGGCUUAACUAGCCGCUGCUUUCUGAUUAACUAAAAAAAUUUACUAUGUAUCUAUUACAAGUUAAGUAUUUUUCAUGUUUUCUUUUUGAAUAGUACCUACCAAUAAUUAGGAAAAAACUGUAUCUAACGGUACGACUUUCAGAUCAGAAGCUGUUCUUAAAAUGUAUCAUUCAUUUAUACGUUUUUCCAAGGAAUGGGGAACACACUCAUCGUCGCUCCAACCUACAGUCUUAGCAUGGAAGAUUUCUGUAGAGUACCUGCAGCCGAUAUGUUUCUGUUUUGAAGUAUCAGAAUCUUGCCUAUCACUCUCUUCCGUCUGCUACAUAACGUACUUCCAUUAUACGCCGUGCGCUCAGUGCUUAGGCGACACAUUGUGUCUUCCAUGUUGUAUCUUCUAUGGCAUAAGAUUAUAAUCUCUUAGCAAAACCAGCUUCGUUUGCUAGCACCCCUACAAAUUUGCUAGGAACAAUUUAUCAGUUUUAUUGCAAAAGGGAUAUCGACAGCUCCUGUAUUCAAAACCAUUUACCACGAUUUAACCACUAAAUUUAGAUUUUAAAUUUCGAAGAUGAAGGUCUCUGUGUAGUUAAUUGCUAAGCACUAAGAAUAUUGAUGGUUGUACAUGUCUUGGCAAAGGUACUGAGUUCAUAUUUAAGAAAAAUCUUUAUUGAAUGCUGUUAGCAUCCAGUAUUAAGUGCGUUCGCGGUGCCUGUCGGCGUCUAGUCGGCGACAAAUUAGCAGCAAAACGCAUGCGCACUUUAAAAUGAUAUAAAUAUUAUCGUUAGUAGAUAAAUAUACAAAGUAUAUUUACCUAGUAUAAUUUAAUAAUUAAUUAUUAAUAUUAAUUAAAAGUAAAUAUACCUUGUAUAUUUAUCUAUUAACGGUAUUAUUUAUAUUAAGUGAGGUUAGAAAUUGUCGGCGAAAAUUUGUCCACUGUACCCCAUAGAGGUAUAUAUUAACAUAGAGGGAGCCUACCUUCCGCGCUUCCUGACGACAAGAUCUCAUGGACUGGUUUGCUGCAUCUCUUUCUAACACAUUGUAUCGAAAAUCUAUGAUGACAUUCAGUGUGAAUAUAGGCACGGAAGAGGAGGACAACUAUAGCAGCUUUACUGUGCGUAAGAGUGAAACAGCACUAAUCCAAAUAAAAAAGAUGGUAUCGUCACUUCGCUCUGAAUGACACUCUCUCUAUGCUAAUAUAUAACUCUAUGCUGUACCCGCGAACGCAACUAUUGUCAUUUUCAAGCGUAACUUUGGAGUGUGUGGUUAUUUUUACAACCAACAUGUAGGAAUUUGUCCAUAAGGGGAUUUACGAGUUUUACAAUCACUGACACAAAAACAAUAAGUUUAACUAAAGCUUUAAACUUUUACCUACGUUAUUUAAGCUAGUCCAAAUUUUUGUUAAAUAGUUCUUUCGAAUUGAAUUUAUUCUUUUGAGAAUUGACUUACGUGACACUUUGUGUUGUGACUUUAUAUAAAUUAUGUUAUAGCUGACAAAUCAGUGUAUGACGUGUAGAUAGCAGCCAUAUUUAUUUUGUAAGUCUACUUAUAUCUAUUUAGUUUUUAUAUAAGUCUUGUAUCAUUUAUCAAUUUUGCGAUUUUUACAGCUUUGCCAAGUUCUUUCUUUUUCCUCUUUUGUUUAUUAACUUGUACGACAACUGCAUAUCACUAUAAGCAAUAAAAAUUAACAUAAUAGGUAAUAUGAUCCUGCUCACUAACAAAAACAUUCUGGAUAUUUCAAAAAGAAAAGUUGUCCAACUAACUAGUCUUUAGCUUUGUAAUUAUCUGAUUUAAUCUAAAAUUUAUAUAAUUUCUUUUCAUUUUCUGUGUAUUACACUUUUUGGUAGAUAUGAAUUGAAAUAUAUAGUUGCCUUUUUUAAAGAA